AUGUCCCGCCAGACAAUGCACAAUGCACUCUCCACAUCUGCCGUCAUCGUUGGCGCCUUGAUGGCCCUCUCCAACACUGGUCUGGCAGUUGCAGGGCAAUUCUCUGUGAAUCGCGCUCACUCUUCGACUCCUGUCUCCCCGCUACACGCAGCAGCGACCUCGCCCAGCUUUGGCUCGUCUCCAACGCUCUCGCACUCGUCUCCUUUUUUCUCUUUCCACACAACUUCUUUCCAUUCAAACACUGUACUUGAAUCGUCACCGCACUCCCAUCCUAUGCGCUCUCAUCACACAGAGUCUCAACGCCAUAUCUCUGGUCAUCACCACUCCGAGUCGGGCAGAUUGUCGACACACACAACGGAAGCAACGACUACAACGCAAGUAUCAGCUGUGACAACGACGGCGACUACUCAGACGACAUUGACCAACUCACCCACGGGCGACUCGAGUACAAGCACCGCUACCUUGGCUGCCAGAGCUCCUACCCAUAUACCCGGUCACAUUGAUGAUUUAUCCUCAUCGAUGAUUGGAGACAACGCUCACGACCACAAAGCCAAGCCGCGCGAUCAUGCACGUCUUGCAAGACGUCGGCACCCUCGACCUACCCGUACAAUUUCUUCCAUUACACCAGUGGGAACUUCGCGUCAAAAUUCAACCUCUGCGUACAACCUAGUCGACUCAUACGAGGGUCCGACGUUCUUCGAUGGCUGGGACUUCUUCGAGUAUGCAGACCCCACGCAUGGCAUGAUUCGAUAUGUGUCCGCCGACGAAGCAAAGUCUUCCAACUUGGCUUAUGUGCGAGACGAUGGAGUGGCUGUUAUGACCGUCGAUACGACGACGACACUGGCCGUCAGUGACAGCGAACAGAGGAACUCGGUGCGUAUUACGACGAAAAAGUCGUACGGUCAGGGCCUGUUCAUCUUCGAUAUUCUCAAGGCGCCUCAUGGUUGCUCUACCUGGCCUGCGGCAUGGCUUGUAGGACCGAAUUGGCCAUCUGGUGGCGAGAUUGAUGUCGUCGAAGGUGUCCACGAGAACGUCUACAACCAAAUGACUGUCCAUGCUUCUGCUGGUUGCCAACUCGAUGCAACCAAGUCGCUUGCUGGCGGUGUUACGCUCAGAGCAGACCAAAAUCCCCUAGAAAUGUUUACUGGCACCGUACUUGAGACGGAGUGUGACGCUACGAUUAACAGCAACGCAGGGUGUGGAAUUAUGGACUAUGACACUACAUCGUACGGGGCUGGUCUCAACGACGCUGGCGGAGGCGUCUACGCCACGCUUUGGGACAAUGUUGGUGUACGCAUCUGGUUCUUCAAGCGUGAAGAUGUCCCCGCCGACAUAACCGGGUCGACUCCUGAUCCAACGACAUGGGGUACGCCUCGGGCUUAUUGGGCUGCCUCGUCGUGUGCAUCCUCGUUCUUCAAUAACCUCUCAAUUGUGUUUGACAUUGUGCUGGGAGGAGACUGGGCUGGUGCAACAUAUAGCGCUGCUGGAUGUCCCGGAACGAUUCAAGAUUACGUUGCCAACCCAUCCAAUUUCGCCAAUGCAAACUGGGCGGUCAACUCGGUCCGAGUAUAUCAGACUUCCUAA